AUGACAUUUAAAUUCUCUUCUUUGCUGCCAAUUGUUCUCAUCUCGGCUCUUGCCACUUUCUGUGUCUCUGCGGAAAGGGAGCACAGUUAUUCGGGACCGAGCUCAAUUGACCAGUUCAGACACCAUCAUCCUUAUCACCACCCCCCGCUAAACCAUCGACCAAAGUUUUAUAUCCGAGCCUCAAGAAACGAUACAGAUGAUGUCUCGGGAGAGUUCUAUCGAGGCAUGAAGAAAGCGAACCAUGGGGGGACUCUGGUGUUACCAAAGAACCAAACCUUCGUUAUUGGGAAGAAACUAGACCUCACAUUUUUGAAGAAUAUCGAGGUACAGCUUGAGGGUGAAAUAAAGGUACGUUUUUUCUUUAAGUCUUCUGGUUUAUACUACUACUAAUGUGGACUAUUCUAACCAUCCUUAGUUCACCAAUAACAUCACUUACUGGCAAAACGACUAUUUUUAUCAUCCCUUCCAGAAAACCAUUACUUUUUGGAAAUGGGGAGGAGAAAAUAUCAAGAUCUUCGGAAAUGGGACACUUAAUGGGAAUGGCCAAUCUUGGUAUGAUGGUUUUGCUGGUCUCGAGAUUUUGGUACGUUCAUAUAGCAAUCCCUCCUUACAACGUGGGGGUAGAGAUUUGACGAACUCGUAGAAUCCGAACAAUACGUACCUACGCCCUGUUCUUUUCUACGCCGAAAAUGCGACGGAUUUGUACAUUGAGGGAAUAAGGUUUACUGGUUCGCCUUGUUGGACGAAUUUUCUUGUUACUUGUAAGUCGAUCGCGAAGUCCCCCCUUUUCACGCUCAAACUCUAAAUCCAGUUUAGCGAAGAAUGUGGUUUAUGACAAUGUCAUUAUUGAGAACCUUUCGACAAACAAGGUUCAUAACUUCCUUUUGCAAUUACUUUUUGCAUGCCUCUAAUUAUCUUUCCCAGAAUUUACCAAAGAAUACUGAUGGUUGGGAUUCAUAUAAUGUCGAUGGCCUUACAGUCCGAAACUCAUGGGUAAAUAUCGGCGACGACUGUUUCAGUCCCAAGCCAAACACUUCAAAUAUACUCGUGGAGAAUAUUUAUUGCAAUGUAAGUCGCCAUCUCCAUAGCCUUCUCUCAAAUAUCAUUCCAUGUUUCAUUCCAGAAGCCAGACCCCGUUUCUUUCACAUAUAUUUUCAUAUUAACGAUAGCAGGGUACGCACGGAAUAAGCAUGGGUAGCAUAGGCCAGUACGACGGAAUUAAAGAUUAUAUUUACAACGCUCACAUCGAAAAUGUUACCAUGCUGAAUGCACAAAAUGGCGCCAGACUCAAGGGAUGGGCCGGCCCAAAUGUCGGGUAUGGAUUUAUUCAAAACAUUACGUUCAAGAACUUCUACAACUUCAAUGUGGAUUGGCCAAUUGUGCUUGAUGCUUGCUACUUUAAUAUCAACACGGUUAGUUCGUUUUCUAUUUCAACUCCCUUGAUCUUCCUUAUGCUUCAAAAACCAAAUCUUCAAUAUGAAACCAAGGACUGACUUGCUUAACAAGACAACGUGUGCACAAUAUCCGUCGCGAGUGGACAUGAUAGAUAUCACAUUCUCCAACUUCACGGGCAGCAGCAGCGGUAAAAAUGGUCGUAAAGUCGGAGAACUGGUCUGCUCGCCAAAUGCAGUAUGCUCCAAUAUCAAGCUUGAUGGCAUUGAUCUCACGAGUCCGAUGGGUAGUCCGCCUGUGAUUGUUUGUGAUGGGAUACAAGGGGGGAUUGGAGUUGAUUGCUUGCCUGCGAACUCCACGUUGGCUGCAAGACACUUAAAUAGGAUUGGGUAG